AUGUGCUACGCAGAUGGGCAAUGUCAUGAGUAUGCAAUGUUAGGUUUUGUUGAAAAGACUGGGCAAGCACGGGCACCACAGGAUGAUACCGCAAUCGGGAGCUUGGACGCUUGUCACAACACUAGUCCGACGGUGCUGCCGCCGCUCGACGGACGGGCGCCACUGGUACUACGGCACACGGUCGCCUCUCCGCUGCUCCGAUGUGCCGUUGUCUUCCCUCCGCCCGGCCGCGGCGAGCGCAUCCCAGCCGUCGCGCCAUUGGCUGGCGCGCUGCAUCGAGAGCCCCGCCCACCGCGCCACGCCCGGCUCUCUCAUCCCCCCACCACACCGGGCCCUGUAAAGUUGCGCGCCGUCCCCCUCCGUCGCAGCAGCAAAGCACUACACAGGAGCCAAGGAGUAAAUGCAGUCGCGGCGGCGGCGACGGCGGCGGUCGGUGGCGGUGGUGGGGAUGACAGCGGAGAGUGGGCGGAGCUAGCAGAACCAGUCUCACCAGGCGGCGCGGGGCUGCGUGGACCAGUCGCGCGAAGGGAGUUGGCAGGGAAGGAGCGAUCACUGCUCAGCGGAAGGCAGCGACAGCGCGCAGCCGGCGGGACUCGAACUCCGGACUCUGCGCUUCUCUGCACCGCACAUGGUCGCGUCUCGCCUGCCCAGAACAACGAAAACACCGCAUCGGCACUCACCUCUCGUUCGCGCUGCACUUCACCUCUGCAGUUCAGUUGUGAACACCGACAACAGUUCUACGAGAGACUGGCCGAGUGUUUCGGACUGAGCAUCACCGAGGUCUGCAGAAAGGCAGGCGGAGUAGACGGGAGAGCUAGAGGCUGCGCAGUGUUGGACGCGCUGGUCCGCGGGAGUUCUCCCCUGCCGGUGACGACGGGCGUGCUAGCCGCGGCCGGGGGCGGCGGAGGCGGCGUCGGCGUCGGGGGCGGCGCCGGCUUCGCGGGCUAUGGCGGCCGCAUGAACGGCGUCGCGCCCGCCGGCGCCGGGGGCGGCCGCGCGGCCUCCUCCUCCUCGGGGGCGGCGUCCUCGUCGGGGGCGGCGUCCUCCGCCUCCAACAUGCCGCCGCAGCGGUCGCCGUUCGCCAUCCAGGAGCUGCUGGGGCUCAGCGACGACUCCGCGGCCCCCGCGAGCGCCCCGCGGUACGGGGGCGGCCCGCCGCCGGGCCCCCUGCCGCCCCCGGGCCAGCUGCCGCCCCCGGGGGCGGCGUCCGCCUCCGCCACGGGGCCGUACCAGUACGCGGGCCACGCUCACCACCUGGCGUCCCGCAUGGCGUACUUCAACGUGGCGGCGGCCGCCUUCCUGCCGCACAACGUGGCCGCAGCCGCCGCCAUGUCGGUGCACCACCACCAGCACCAGCACCAACACCACCAGCACCAACAGCACCACCAGCAGCUGGCGCAGCACCAGCACGCGCAGCACCAGCCGCCCGCCCACGCGGGGCCCGCCGCCGCCACCCCCGUCUCCGCCUCCGGGCUCGCUGCCGCGUCAGGAUUCCCGCAGCUCAAGAACUGCUUCACCUCCAGCGGUGGCUGCAUGACAGGACUCGGCCUCCCGGAAAACGCGGGGAAAGACUUCUCUGCGGACGGCCUGGGCUUCAACAAGAAGAAGAAGAAGAAGAGGCGGCACAGGACCAUCUUCACGAGCUACCAGCUGGAGGAACUGGAGAAGGCGUUCAAGGAAGCCCACUACCCGGACGUGUACGCCCGCGAGAUGCUGUCGCUCAAGACGGACCUGCCCGAGGACAGGAUACAGGUGUGGUUCCAGAACCGGCGCGCCAAGUGGCGCAAGACGGAGAAGUGCUGGGGGCGCAGCACCAUCAUGGCGGAGUACGGCCUGUACGGCGCCAUGGUGCGCCACUCUCUGCCGCUGCCGGAGACCAUCCUGAAGAGCGCCAAGGAGAGCAACGAGUGCGUCGCGCCCUGGCUGCUAGGGAUGCAUCGCAAGUCGCUGGAGGCGGCCGAGCAGCUCAAGGACAGCCCGGCGGCGGGCAGUGACCGAGAGGACUCCAGCUCGGCCCCGGGCGGCGGCUCCGACACGGCGCGCUCCGGGGGCGGCAGCGGGGGCGGCGCCGGCGGCGGGGGCGGCGGGGGUGGCAGCAGCGGCGUCGGCGACCCCUCGCAGUCCACCUGCUGUGGUGGCGACAGCGACAACAGCUCGCACAGCUCGCCCGGGGGCAGCAGCCAGGCGUCGUCGUCGGCGGCCGCCAGCCCCAGGCCCCACCACAUGUCGGCGCCGCCGGGCCCCGGCGCCGGAGGCGGCAGCGGGGGCGUAGGCGUCGUGUCGACGCCGCCGCAGGCCUCCGCCCCCGACCCCGAGCAGCUGCGCAACGACAGCAUCGCGUGCCUGCGCGCCAAGGCGCAGGAGCACCUGCUGAGCCUGGGGGCGGCGGGGGCGGCGGCGGCGGCCGGCCUGCUGCAGCAGCAGCACCACCCCCACCAGCACCCGCCCCCGGUCUUCUGACGGCUGGCGGCGGCGGCGGCGGCGGCGGGCGCGGCAGGCCUGCGCGACCCGGACGACGCCCAGUGACCUAGCCGCCUGUCGCCGGACCUGUCCAACUGGCCAGUCUAAGCGCUCGGCACUUUUGGGCACACCUCUGCGACUUAACUCGAAACCGUUGAGGAAGUGGUGUACGGGUAUCGCUAGGAGCUGAACCAGGUGCCUCCCUGUACAGCACCCUCCCACUCAACUCAUUACUGAGUACAGACACUGAGGAGUCGUCUAAGCUGUGGGCUCUGUGAGGGAAGUGGUGUACCGGUAACUGAAUUCCAGAGUCUUGAUAAACAUUCCUGAGCUUCACACAACAAACAAGUCACAGGACCUCCAUUCAGUUCCCUCAUAGCUUCAACAAUGAUAUGAAAAUCAUUCACCACUCGUGUGACAUCACAACACUUCACUGUCUACAGGCUGACACAGUGACAUGAUGCAGUAUAUUCCUCAGGAAACACAUAUUCCUUAUCCUUUGAAGGGACUCGAUUCACAGGAUGGACAUUGAAGAGUCUGAUCUCAAAAAUUCCUCAAUACUUCAGUGCUGGCGAAUUACUCAUCAGAGUGCAUAUGACAAUAACUACAUGACCUGGACUCAUGUUCCAGAUGGUCUUGGACUGUCUCGAGUUGUACACAGAGGCUGAAUGGCUUUUAAUCACGAAGAGUCGGCGGACUGCAUCAAAACUGAAAUGCGAUUGUAGGCUGUUGACAUGCUCUUCAUGUUGACCUACAGACUGUCAACACUGCCAACCACGCUUGUAAGCUGAAACAUUGCUACCAGAACUACUUCUAGGAGGGAUUGUGAAUGCUGUAAUUGCGUAACAUGGUUUGCUGUAAGCUUUGGAUGGUCUACGACCUACAUGACGAGGCAGAAUGACACCUCCAGUCCUCGUUCUUCUUCCUAGGGAUAUACCUAAGGCCACUUACUUCACCCAGGGUAAUACAUACCAUAUUUGGGGUUUAACACGUUCUUAAUACCACGUGAUCACUCAAAGUAUUCCACAGAGGCCACAGGUGUUCCAUAUUCUUGCAGCCAGCAGCGAGCUAUUGUAAAUCAAUCUUUUCUGGUGAAAAUAAACACUUUUUUUCAUUCGAUGUUUGAUCUCAGUCCAGCACCUACAGAAAACGUAUAUCGUUAAGAUAUCCACACUGGUGCGAACACCGGUUGCUGACUAGCCACACACUGCAUCCUGUUUGUGGAAUAAGAUGGCAGGCUGAUCUACCUCUGCGAUAGUCUCUGCAAUGACGCUGUCACUAAGUCGCUUCAUACUCUGGACUCAGCCUCGGACCAGCAUUCUGCCAUCAAGAUACAAACAUUUGCUGUCAUCUUACGUCUAACGUCCCAUUUUCAUUUGAUGGGUGCUCCUAUACGGACAAGUGAGCAAUCAGUUAGCAGAGACAACCCAAUCGGAGUGCGUGUAACUUUAAAAAACUAUGAUUUGUCUUCGAGCUCCCAGUCUGCUGAUAGACCUUCAAAUAAGUCUCUUCAAUGUAUACGCGGACCAUAGUAGCGUAAGUGCCUCCCACCGCCUAUUGACAUUUCAAAAAAAUUAUGCUAUUUCUGCUCAAUCUUCAGAAGUCUUUACUUCGCUGCAUAUUCAUUCUGCAUAAGUUUUUGAAAAACAAAUAGUCAUUCCAUAAAACUAUUUAGAACGGUCUGAGUAAGGAUCUUAAUUUCCAAACUGUACAAAAUAUGCUCCUUUUGUACAUAGACCCAUUACUCUUAGAUGGGAAACUAAAUGACUUUAUAUUUUAACACGAAUAUUAAUGUAACUUCUUCAAACUGCCUGUAACUCAGGUCUUAACAAUUCAAAUGACUGAAGUUUUUUUUUUGUUUUAGCGUUACUUAGUUGCUCAAUGAACUGUCAUAAUCGCUACAUCAUCAUCCUACAUAUCCGUAUGGUGACAACCAACAAAAUGUUACAUGCACACAUUAGUUGCAUCGUAUUACCUCCUAAAUAUAGCGCAACUUGUUGGAAUCGUGAGGGUCAUGUCAAUGGGAAAUAAAGGUGGUAAAAAUGAUCUCUGAUAGACGGCGUGCAACGAACAGAAGCAACGAAUUAUCGCUAUGCAGGUUUGUCUGAAAAGACGCCUCUACGAAAGUAUACCACUGGUGGCGUACUAGUAUCAGUCACAGCGAAAAAUAUAUUUUAUUUUAAUACAUGCAUUGCUUGUGUAUUAAGUAUAUACAGUAUUAUGGCCAUAAAUUAUAAUUAAGGAGUCCCUUUCCUCAAUAUUUUUUGUACACUCUUUAUAUAUAGCCACAACGAAGCUAAACUCUUGAAGAACCAUAGUGCUAUUAUUUGUGCUUUACAAUCGAUUUCCCUUAUUUAUGCCACAAAUGCUGCAAUGAAAAUGAAUACUUUUUGCAAAAACUUUUUUAUUAGAUGCUCAUUUAUCUCAAUAAUCCAGACAUACUGCUGUGAUAAGUAAAGCAAAGUAGUGUUAGUAAUAUCUGCAGAAAAAUUUCCAUCCAACAUUUUCUUUUAGAAACUAGUGACCAAGUCGUCUGUGUUUUUUGAAGUACUGAGAAGUAAACUGAAUGGGGGCACUUGGAAAUUAAUUCAUUGUUAUGUCGACGACAACGAAUAUUUAACGAUAUUGCAAAAGAAAAAAUUGUUAUUAUAUUCAGUUUGGAGUGUAAAGCACUUCUUCUGCAGAAUAGUUUGAUAACCGCCACCUGAGAAAGGAAGUACUUCAUCCAGUAUUAAUGAUAGAGACGGACUUUUUAAAAGUACACAAAGUCGUAUGCGUCUUUGAUUUCUUCCUAGAUCUCGGGCGUGUCACAAAUAGAAAAAAAAGACAGUAAAGAACAACUUGCUCAGAGUGUCUACAUGUAAAAUCUAGCUGCAUUUCGCAUCGCUAUCGACGCCAGAAUUAAAAAACAAUGUAUCCUCUUCGUGUUCCUUAUUUUCUGUGGAGUAGGCAUUCGCAACUAAUCAGAUAUGAUGGUGGCAAAGAGAGGAAUGUUCUUAACGGUAGACCUUUUUUUCUUACAUUUACUACAAUUUUAUGUUCCGAAGUAGUGUAAACCGUGAAUUGAUCGUCAGAGAAUGCUUCAGUCCAAAAUCAAAUCAAAAUGCAUGUACUCAAGGGAAAUAUAAACAGACGUAACAGAUUGUUAAGCUAACUAAACAACGAAAAGCUAGUCACAAUUUUCGACUACUUAUUUCAUUUAUUUUGAUACUAAGCUUGCGAAACUCGGAUUUCUUGUACUAUAAUGUAUACGAAACAUAGCUCAGGAGUUAAAAGGGAUGUGAAGGUGCAGUAGAUACUGUCGAAGGUUGAAGCAUACUGUAUGUUGGCAGCCAUUCGUGUAUUGCUGGUGUUCAUCUGUUAAUAUUCCUAUCCAGUAAUCAAUAAGGCAUAAGGCAACGAAAAUAUGGAACAGCGAUUUGAAAAGUACUAGUUUUAUACACACUGAGAUUGCAGUUCCCCUGUUAGCCAUAUUGUGUAAAAAGUGAGGUGUGACUAUGAAGAGAAGGUCACGAACUAUGAGGUCGUUAGCAUUUUGCAGUUUGUGCUGAGCUUGUGACGACGAUAUUUCCUGGUAUUGUAAUUAUGGAGUCAGUAUUCGCUAGUGUACCUGUGUCGGUACAGAGGAGACAUGUGCUGAGUGGAUUGGUACUUAUUGUAAUAUAUGCGAAACAAUUUUGUGCAAUUAUAGUUAAGUAUAAGAGUGCUGUGAAAUAUUUUUGGUCUUAUUACAAAAAAUAAGAAGGACAACGAAGUUCAACCACACUUUAUUCAAAUAAACGCAGUGAAAAUUCGCUCUUAGACAUUUUAAUACUUCUACUACUUGCAGAUAUACAUAUUGUAAAUACUUUCAGAGCAUUCAGCUAACUCUGUGUGGUGAUUCUCUUAAAGAGGAAAAAAGACACUCGUUUCCUUGUCAUUCUCCCUACAGAAAGAACUAUAUUUAUUGUAUAAAAUUUAAUGCGACCACUGCGGAAAACAGAACCAUUAAACUUAAUUCCGUAGUUUCCUAUAUUAAAAAAACUUUCACAAUAAUACCGAUCUCAUCGUCUAAUUUUUCAUAAAAGAAAAUGUGAUGUAAUGCUUCAACGAACUUCAGUUUAUGUCGGAACAGCUGUAUAGUAAUUGUAUUACGCGAUUUCCAUAAUCCAUUUACUUACAAUUUACCAAACUUCAGUAAUUAUUUGAAAAUUUUCUGGCCUAUUAUACUUAAUGGUUAUAUCACUAUAUAUAAAUAAACUUACAUGUAUUAAUCGAGAUAUUAUUGUAUUAUUGAGUAAUAAACUAUUACCAUGUACAUGUAAAUUAAUGUGGAAAAAAUUUUG